AUGCUAAAAAUAUCAAAGGUAUCUCCAACCAUUCACAAGUGCUUUGAACCACCAAUAUUGCCAUUAUCAAGAACAACAAUAAGAUUGCACUCUACUAUCCCAACCCAACCCUCUAAACCCCACUUGAAAGAUUCAGCAACUAACACUUCCCAUGAAAUUUCAAAAAAUCAACAAUUGUUCUUUACAGAUCCAAUUUCACCUGGAUCCGUGUUUUUUUUGCCCAAUGGGGUUAAGAUUUUUAACAAAUUGGUUUCAUUUAUGAAACUUCAACAAGAAUAUAAGUACGGUUUUAAAGAAGUGAUUACCCCGAUAAUAUAUAAGAAAUCAUUAUGGGAAACAUCCGGUCAUUGGUCCAAUUAUAAAGAUGAUAUGUUUAAAGUGGAAUCUCAAAACCAAGAAAAAGAAGAAUACGGUUUAAAGCCAAUGAAUUGUCCGGGCCAUUGUGUUGUUUUUGAUAAAUUCGAUAGAAGCUAUACCGAAUUACCACUGCGAUUCAGUGAUUUUUCGCCAUUACACAGAAAUGAAGCAAGUGGUGCUUUAAGUGGCUUAACGAGGGUCAGGAAAUUCCAUCAAGACGAUGGCCAUAUUUUUUGUACACCAGAUCAGGUAGAACAAGAAAUUGUUAAAUGUUUAGAAUUGGUUGAAUUGGCUUAUACAAAAAUUUUCAAGUUUGAUACUAUUAAUAAUAAACAAAAACAGCCUUAUAGCUUAACACUGUCCACUAGACCACAAGAUAAGUACAUUGGCGAUUUAAAAAUUUGGGACCAUGCAGAAAAUAUUUUGAAAAAAAUUUUAAAAGAAAAUGGCAAACCUUGGUCCGUCAAUGAGGGUGAUGGUGCAUUUUACGGCCCUAAAAUUGAUAUUAAAAUUACUGACCAUGUGGGAAAACAACAUCAAGUUGCCACUAUUCAGCUAGAUUUCCAACUACCAGAAAGAUUUAAUUUACGUUACAAAGACAAAAAUAACACUUAUAAAAGACCCAUUAUGAUCCAUAGAGCGGUUUUUGGUUCUAUUGAAAGAUUCAUGGCCAUGUUGCUUGAUUCCAACAAGGGUGCUUGGCCCUUUUGGUUAAACCCCUUCCAAGCCAUUGUCAUACCAGUAAAUACUAAAAAUGAAAAAGUCAUGCUUACUUGUAAGGAAACAAUGGAAAAAUUAAGAAAUACGUCAAGCAAAACAGAAGAUGCAUUAUCCCCUGUUCUAUUAAAUAGUUUUCACUUUAAUGUGGAUAUGGACGCUAGAUCGGAGUCUGUAGGAUACAGAAUUAGAGAUGCCUUAGCUAAAAACUAUUCCUACUUGAUAAUAAUCGGCGAUAAAGAAGUAGAAACAGGAAAAGUAGCCAUUAGAACUAAUUCAUCCAGAGAAUUAGAACAUCUAAGUGUAGAUGAAAUUUUUGCCAAAUUCUCUGAAUUAGAAAAAAAUUAUUUGUAA